GGUAAUCUUGCUCCGCGUACGGCGGCACGAUGCCGGUUUCUUCCGUCGUGUGCAUACCGAAAGUAGAAUCUCGAUAGUCACUCUGGAUAGAAUUCAGGGCUGGCUUGUUCUGGCUGCAAGCACAUGUAUGGUUGCUACCAUUGGGCCCCAGCUGCUGCUUUACAUAAUCUUGUACGUUCGGUUCAAUCGAAAGAGCUUCAAGGCACAUGUUGCUACUGUAGCUCGUUGCGAGGACAAAUGCUGUGGCAGGCCCAUCGGUGGAGAUUGGCUCUGAGCUUUACGAUCAUCGUCUCAAUAGAACUACAAGUGGUGGGAGCAAUUGCAAAGGAUGGCGGAGCAGGACACAUUCUGCAUGGUGGCUUGCUCGGUCACCAGAGCAGAUCGCCUAAGUUCAUGCUUUUCCGGCUUAUUGGUAACAACAUGCCUCCCCUUCAGUCGUCAGGGCAGCUACUUUGGAACACAGAAUAUGCUUUGAAACAUGAGGCAGACUUUCCAGACUGCCGAAAACGCUGGAUCAUCAACCAGGUUGUAAAUACAACUGAGAAGCAGCUCAUUCUGGACCUCUUGAAGCUGCACGGUUAUGGGAGCGAGGACAUACUGACUAGAGAGCUGGACUAUGAUGAGUUGAUUGCCAGACCGGAGCCGGACUGGGAAGUAUUUGUGACUGCUCAGAACCAGGGGAGGAAUGCAGCAAUUCAGAAUGGAAAGGCUGCAGGGGCUACGUGGAUCCUUCCGUUUGAUGGGAAUCACUUCAUCACCAACCAGGCCUGGCGAAGGAUUGUAAGAUCCGCAAGGUGGGCAAUGAAAGCAGGACAUCAGUAUUUCAAGGUACCCAUGUAUAGAGUAGCUGAGCGGCAAGACAGCGCAUGGCUAAAUGCGAGCACCACAUUCCAAACUGCCCUCCAAUAUGCGCCACUCAAAGGGGAGAGUCAGAUUGCCAUUCGGAACACGGCGGCGCGGCACUUCCCAGAAGAUAUUCGAUAUGGCAAACGCAACAAGUGGAACUUUCUGAAAGAAGUCUGCCCUUCUGACCACAAAGACAGCGGGAUCUGUGGUUGUUCUGAUGUUUAUCCUGAGAAGAUAGAAGCUGAGUCAAACAAAAGAGUCGACUUGGAACCUAGAUCUCCACUGCAUAUCCCAAUGUCCCCAAAGGUGUAG